ACGGGGGACAUGCUUUUAAGUUUUUAUUCGUGUGCCGUUUGGACUUUAAGUGUUUGUUUUUGUAUCGGUAAAAGCGACGGCGGAGAUACUCUCGACGGCAGAUAUACGAAGUCAUUAACAGGCUAUAUUCUUUCGGUGCCACACAAGCUGACGCCGGAGGGUCAAUUUUCAACCUUUCGAAUACCGCAUUUUUACGAAUACGAUCGCGACAGCUUCACCAAGCGAAAGAAACGAGAUUUGUCAGAUCCUAACGUCGUUCACUACGGUAUUAACAUGAACGAUCGCCUCCAUCACAUCGAACUGUGGCCCAACUCCAACUUUCUGCAUCCCAAUGUCGUCAUCGAGGAUAGAGAUCCUACAUUAGCUAUUAAAGAUAGAAAGGUGAGAGGAUUGGAUGGGAAAAAGUUAUGCCAUUUUACUGGCAGAGUAAGGGGACAGCCAGGGUCGAAAGUGGCAUUGUCUACUUGUGACGGUUUGGUUGGUUACGUGACUGUCGACAACAGAAGGUACUAUAUAGAACCCGUUGCUGAACACGAACCAAACUCAGAAGGUCACCAUUUACACGUAAUGUACCAACAUCACCCAGGCGACCAAAAGAUUCGGAAAUGUGGUACGAGAGGAAUGUGGGAGGAGGCCAUGAAAAGAAGGUUCCGCGAUAAGGUACAGGCGGGUGGAGAGUUGAACGUGGCUAAAAGAGGUACUGCUAGCGUCCAGCGGUACCCAGAGCUCACCGUCGUCUGCGACAAGAAGUUUCUGACCUACCACAAAGAGAGGGAUGUCGAAGCUUACGUUAUGACCAUUAUGAAUAUGGUGUCAGACUAUUACCACGACGCAUCAAGCGGCAACCAGAUAGAUAUAGCGGUAGUUAGGAUCAUCUAUUUGCAAAAAGAAGAGGAAGAGAUCGACCUCACCAUCAACAGAGAUGCGGAGAAAACACUGGAUAGUUUUUGCAACUGGACUCAGAAAAUUAAUCUACCCGUAGAAAGCCCCCAACACCAUGACAUUGCCCUGCUCUUGACCCGAUACGAUUUGUGUGCGGAGGGCGAGAGCGAGUGCGGACUGACCGGUCUUGCUUAUAUAGCCGGUGGCUGUACCGAGGAUCAGCAGUGCGCCAUCAACGAGGAUUGCGGCCUCGUACUGGCCGUCAUCGUAGCCCACGAGAUUGGCCAUUUGUUGGGUAGCAGCCACGACGAAGAAGAGACCGACUGCGCUGUUCAAGACACCGACGAGUCGUACUACGUAAUGUCCCCAUAUGUAAACCUAUUCACGAUCCGUUGGUCCCCAUGCAGCAAGUCCAUGAUGAAAGCCUUUUUCGACAACGAUCUCGGCGAAUGCUUCAACGACUUACCCACCUCCACCCUCUACCCGUUCAGUAAAACUUUACCGGGAGUCGUCUACGAUGCAACGGAGCAAUGCAAAUUCAAUUUUCCCGGAUCCAAGUUGUGUUCCGGAAUGAAAGACAGGGUCUGCGAGCAAUUGGUUUGCGCCGUGGGCAAAAAAAAGUGCCUGAGUAAGAACGAACCAGCAGCAGACGGAACCAAAUGCGGAGAAAAUAAGUGGUGCUUCAAAAAGAAGUGCGUCGCGAUGGGUGAGAGACCGCAGGCAAUCCACGGAGGAUGGGGCGAAUGGGGCGCUUGGACAGACUGUACCAGGACCUGCGGCGGAGGAAUCACGUACUCGGAAAGAGAUUGCGACAAUCCGGUGCCGCAGAACAAGGGCCGGUAUUGUCUGGGCGAACGCAGGAAAAUCAAAAUUUGCAACACCACGCCUUGUCCUGACGGUGAACCGACGUUUCGCGAGCAGCAGUGCGCAGCGUACAAUAAGAAGCCUUACGAAGAAAAAUAUCACACUUGGACAGCUCAUAUUGUGCCAGACAAACCCUGCGUACUAUAUUGCAUCAAUGAGGAGAACGUAUUCGUCAAAAUGGAACCAGUGGUGAAAGACGGUACCAGAUGUAAACCGGGCACCAAAAACAUGUGCAUCUCGGGAGCCUGCAGAACGAUCGGAUGCGACAACGAGCUGGGAUCCGACGCUGUGCAAGACAUCUGCGGCGUGUGCAAUGGCGACGGUACCCAGUGCAAAAUCGUCGAAGACACUUAUAGAGACUCUGGCGGAAGCGAUUACACUAAAGUGGCAGUCAUACCUUCCGGCAGUAGGAAUUUGGUUAUAGAAGAGCUUGCGUCCUCGGUGAAUACUAUAGCAAUCAGUGACAGCUCGCAAAAGAAAUUUUACCUCAAUGGAGAUAAUCGGGAAGAGCUCGACGGAGAGUACCGAUUCGGGAAAUCUUUAGGCAUCUACAGUCACCCGGAACCAGGUAAAGAAAAGCUGGUCAUACACGGACCGCUGAGCGAAGACCUGGUGUUCUUCGUGUGCUUCUACGAAGCUCAAAAUGUCGGCUACAGUUAUAAAUAUGCGGAGCCCACUGUAGACUCGAGCUACGAGCCCCACUACCAUUGGGAGGUGGCGGAAUUCAGCGACUGCAGCGCUCUGUGCGGCGGAGGCACGAAGCGGGCAGCCUACAAUUGCGUGGAGGACAAGGCGGGAAAAGUGAGCGGCAAUUUUUGCGUCGGAGUUGACAAACCUCCGGAAACUGUCAUGAACUGCAACGAAGAACCCUGCAAGAAGAGGUGGAAGGUGGGAAGGUGGGGCCAGUGCAGAGCCUGCAAAGACAAAAGCGGUGUGAGAAUGAGAAGUGUGGAAUGCAUGGAGGAAAAUCCCAAAGCGGGGGGUGACGACAUCCUCGUAGAGAAUUCCUUGUGUGAAGGUCCGAAACCGGGCACGUACGAGUUGUGCGAGGCAGACGUCAAAUGUAAGAGGACGACAGGAGAGGAACUUCCCGAAAAAUUAAUGGGAACCGUGUGGAAGCAGAUAAACCUAAGACAUGUUUAUAAAAGAUCCGAAAACUCAAGCGACAAGGCUCGUCCCCCUUCAGCCAACAAAUCCAAUUUGACAGAAUCCAUUGGCAAACUGGUAAUUGACGAAAUUCCCUUGGAUCGCAUGCAGCUGAUCGAAUAUCCACUGGUGGACUCCCAAGACAGCGCGAAUCUAUCUGACGCAGCAUUCGAAAGCAUGGGCGACACGGUCGGUCAAGUGGUGGACACCGCUAAUAAGAAAGUCAUCAAAGGAUCUGAUGCCGCGAUCAUGCUGCACCGCCUCCAGAACUCCUCGAUUUCGGAGAAAGACCGGCCAAAGAUCUGCUGUCGCCCAAAGGACAAGAAAGGAAGAAGGGACUCGAAAGACGACAGAGAAUGCCAUCUGUGUUGA